AUGUCAAUUUUCGAUGAAAAACUGAAUGAAAUAAACACUAGUAAUAAUCGUAGUAGCAGUGGUGAUGCAGCGAGAACGGCUCCAGAUGAAAAUAAAGAAACAAAUGCAAAAAAAACAAGACAAAGGGGUGUUAAUUUGAUUGCCAAAGCAAAAAAACGUGCAGACUGUAGGUACAAACGUCGAAAAGGCAUACUGAGAAGUGCUUCAUUAUUAAAACUAACAACUAAUGAUGAAAUAUAUUUGGAAUUUUAUAGGGAGAAAGAAAGUGUUCCAGCAAGAUUUUCAACCUCAAAAGAAUUGAUGCAGAAACAUUUGAAUAAUUUGCUCUUAUCCGACAAUUUAACACUUCCUCCAGCAACACCCUUAUUACCAUCUAUGCCAUGGCUAGGAGGAACAUAUACCAACAUGUUGCUAUCUCCAAAUGAGGGUAGUGGGGGUAGUAACACAUUCUCAGAUGUUUUGUUGUCAAAUUAUCUUCACAACAAUAUUGAUAAUAACAAUACUUAUACUGACAUUAACAAUAACAAUAAUGAUGAUGUUGUUGAUAAUAAUGUUGUAAACACACCACAAAAUAUAGUACAAGAUAUCUUUCCUGUUAACAACAACGAUGAAAGUAAAACAUACAAUGUCAACGAAAUCGAUUUUUUAAAAAAUAUAUCACCAUCAAAUAAUAUUGAGGAGAGAACUGAUGUAAAUUGCAACAUGUGUCACAUCUGUAAAAUAGAACAUGUCGUGGAAAAGGAUUUAGACUCGACGUGGGUGAAUUGCAACCGUAGAAACUGUGAUUAUUGGGUGCAUGUAGUAUGUGUUGGCAUUGACAUCAGUGACAAAUGGUUAAAAAAUCUGAAAUAUUUUUGUCCAACCCAUAAUGCGGUUCGCGUGACUGCUGCACGAAAACGACUUUUUAAAAAGAAAUAG